AUCUUUUAAAAGCGUUGAUGUGCUAAGAACAUUAUAGAGAAAAUAUUUACCGUGACAGCUCGAUGCUGCUGAGCCGGGCCGUAGCAGUUUGGCAGAAUGUUGCAAGACGGGGACAGGUUUUCCGCAGGGGCGUCCUUCACCCCGGCCUCUCCUACAAUCCUAGCCGCUUUCAAAGUGUCAACUCUUCUGGAGGCACUCCCCAGCCGUCCGCGGCUCAGGGAGAGGGCAAAUACCGGGACAGUGUGCUGCUUCCUCGGACUGACUUCCCUAUGAAACUUACUGGACAGAAGAUCGUAGAUCGGGAGCUGGAGAUACAACGGUUGUGUGGCUUCUCGGAGCUGUACUCCUGGCAGAGGGAAAGAAAGGUCAAAAAGGAAUACUGCCUGCACGAUGGACCCCCAUACGCCAACGGUGACCCCCAUGUCGGACACGCUCUCAAUAAGAUUCUUAAAGACAUCAGGAAUAGAUUUGAGAUGCUGCGUGGGAAGCUGGUUCACUACGUCCCAGGCUGGGACUGCCAUGGCCUGCCCAUUGAGAUGAAGGCCCUUGGAGAGCUGGGUACCAGUGGUCUGACUCCUCUGCAGAUCAGACAGAAAGCUCGGGAAUUUGCAGAAGGGGCCAUCUCUAGGCAACGUGCGGCCUUCCAGCGCUGGGGGGUGAUGGCCGACUGGGACCAGUGCUACUACACGUUCGACGGGCAGUACGAGGCCAGCCAGCUCCGCGUCUUCCAGGAGAUGCACAGCAAGGGUUUGAUCUACCAGGACUAUAAGCCGGUAUUCUGGUCUCCCUCCUCCAGGACGGCCCUGGCCGAGGCGGAGUUGGAGUACAACCCCCAGCACGUGAGCCGGGCCGUUUACGCCACCUUCCCUGUGAAGACCCCGCCGCCCAAGCUAGCUUCAUCGUCAGAGGAAUGGAGCAGUGUAGCCGCGCUGGUUUGGACGACCCAGCCCUGGACAAUCCCAGCCAAUCAGGCGGUCUGCUUCAUGCCUAAUGCGAAGUACUCUAUAGUGAAGUGUGCUGAUAGCUCCCAACACCUCCUGGUGGCCACCGAGCGUAUUGCAAGUCUUGCUGCUGCACUGGGCACUCAGUUGGACACUGUAGCCUCCUUCACCGGAGCUGAGCUGGAGGGCGGGGUCUGCCAACAUCCCACGAUACCGGGCAAGGAGGUACCCCUGUUGGCUGCUAAUCAUGUGACCAUGGGCAAAGGAACGGGAUUGGUCCAUACGGCGCCCGCCCACGGGAUGGAUGACUACAGCGUGGCCUCGCACUUCAAUCUGCCCGUGGAGUGUAUGGUGGAUGGGGAGGGCAGGUUCACAGAGCUUGCUGGUCCGGAGCUCUGUGGUCAGUCAGUCAUGGAAGAGGGCACCAAAACAGUGAUCUCCAUGCUAAAGGAAGCAGGUGCUCUGCUGAAAGAGGAGGACUGUGUCCACAGCUACCCUUACGACUGGAGGACCAAGCAGCCAGUGGUGAUCAGGCCCAGCAAGCAGUGGUUCAUUAACACAGGCAGCCUGAAGGACAAGGCCAAGGAAGUGCUGCAGAAGGUGCGGGUGGUGCCGGAGGCGGCGCGGGCCAGCCUGCUGGCCAUGCUGGACAGACGGACGUACUGGUGCAUCUCCCGGCAGAGGAGCUGGGGCGUCCCCAUCCCGGUGUUCUACAACAAGGAGACCGGCGAGCCCCUCAUUAACAAGCACACGGUGUCGCACGUGGCGGAUCUCUUCUCGGAAAAAGGCAGCGACUGUUGGUGGGAGCUGCCCCUGGACUCGCUGCUGCCCCCGAAGGUGCGGAAAAAGAGCAAGGUGGGCAAAGAGGUCGAAUUCGAGCGGGGCGAGGACGUUCUGGACAUCUGGUUCGACAGCGGGGUGUCCUGGGCCGCCGUCCUGCAAGACUGGGAGGCCGACAGCAGCUCAGAGUCCGCGGGCUCCCCGCUGAGCUGGCUCCCUCUCCCCAGCUCCCUGACUCCAGAGACAGACCCACGUGCUGAUGUUUACAUGGAAGGGAAGGACCAGCUGGGUGGAUGGUUCCAGUCCUCUCUGCUGACCAGUGUGGCCGUGCGCAACAAGGCCCCAUACAAAGCACUGGUUGUGCAUGGAUUUGCUGUGAGUGAGAAAGGGGAGAAGAUGUCCAAGUCUGUGGGAAACGUGGUGGAUCCUGACACUGUCAUCAAUGGGGGGAAGGACCCCUCCGUCUCCCCUCCCUAUGGAGCGGACGUGCUGCGCUGGUGGGUUGCCGAGUCCAACGUCUUCUCUGAGGUGCAGAUCGGUCCGAACGCUCUCAACUCCGCAAGGGACAGCAUCAACAAGCUGAGGAACACACUCCGGUUCCUCUUGGGGAAUCUGCAGGGGUUCGACCCGCGCACCCAGGCAGUGGACCCUAAAGACAUGUACUAUAUCGACCAGUACAUGCUGCACGUUCUGAGAGACUACAGCAUGAAGGUGACAGACGCCUACAGUGAGUUUGACGCGAGCAGAGCGAUCAGAGUCCUCCAGAGCUUCAUCUCCAGAGAUCUCUCCAGCUUCUACUUCAGCAUCAUAAAGGACAGGCUCUAUUGCGACGCGGAGGAUUCGAUUGGCCGACGGUCGUGUCAGACAGUUCUGGAGGAGGUCCUGGACGGCGUGACCCGAUCCAUCGCCCCCGUGCUGCCUCACCUGGCGGAGGAGGUGUACCUGCACGCUCCAGGGCACGACGAAGGGGAGACCCUGUUCCGCAGCGGGUGGAUUAAAAGCAGCUCGGUCUGGAAGAAGCCGGGGCUGGAGGAAGCGGUGGAGGGAGCCUGCGCCAUUAGGGACUCCUUCCUCUCCUCCAUCCCGGGCCGCAACUCCACCGAGUACGACAUCACCAUCGCCAUCGAGCCCAGCCUCUUCUUCGAGCUCAUGGAGUCCCUGCAGGAGGAGCCCACCUCCACCUGCUCCCAGCUGACGGAGAUCAUGAUGGCGUCGCGCACCACCCUGGUCAGCAAAAUGCCCCGGGACCUGCCUCCAGACACGCCUAUCAGCAGGGGCAGUUUUCUCAUCAACCUGGAGGGCGGCGUAAUCCGCGAGGAGAGCUCCUACAGCGUGGCGGCUAUGCCCUCCUCCCUCCACCGCUGCCCGCGAUGCCGCCGGUACACCGCCGAGUCGCCCGACUGCCUCUGCCCGCGGUGCCAAACUGUCCACGCCAAGACCCUCUGACCACUUCGCCGCCGCCACCGCCACCUUCUGCCGUCUCUUUGCCUGUCCCCGACCGACGGCUUGUCCGGCGAGGACCGCGGAGCACCGCUCAUUGACUGUGCACAGCCACCUCAGUGCACAGUCAACAACGCAUGCCGUAACCAACAUGCGCCAGCAUGAGAGUUUGCUCCAAAGCUGAAGUGAGGGUUUCAGAGGGAACCUAGUGCAGCACAAAUGUUUGUUUGCAGAGGAAGAAUACGGGAAGGGAAGGGAAGGGAAGGACAGGAUGUGACAUCGUAUGUGCGCAUCAUGUGAUCCCUCUUGUUGGAACAUGGCGCCCGUUCCAAGUAGGCAGGUGAACUGCACUCUGUAAGGCCUGUCUGAGGUGAACAGGUUGUUUGGGUUCCUUUUUUGAGACUCCUACAAUAAAGUCGGGAGGGACCUUUUUUUUUUUUUUUUGCUGUUGUUUUUUAUAUUAUUAUCAGCAGUGACAGAUUACCAUGUACCAAAAUAAUAAAAAUAGAAUAAUGUCACAAAGAGGUCAAGUUUGGUGGGAAUUUCUUCAGCACUUGCGGUUUGUCAUAUCUUCUCUCUGGGCUUGUCUUCAGUUCCCUGUAAAUACUGCAUGUUUGUCGCGCGUUAGUGAUAAACGUGUAUUUGCUGAUAUUCAAAAUCAAUAAAGCUUUGAAGAAAAGA